AUGGAGUGGGAAGCUGCGGAGCAGUUGCUGCUUAGUAUUCUCUCAAAGAGAGGGGAGCAGCCAUCUCCAACAGGCUUGACAGAGCUCAUAAGAUGGGCUCGGAAAAAUGGACACCUAUCGGAGGUGGCACUAAUAUUUAGUGUAGCAGAAUGGCGGGACAUUGGUGAUCAUAUGUGGGAAGCAAUGAUCACUGAUAAGAAGGAGGAGAAGGUGGUGAAGCCCCUAGGUGUACUAUGGCGAACAAUUAUAAAUACGCUAAAAACUAUGCAAGCUGAGUGCCAAGUAGCUGCAGCCGCUGUGCAGGCGUUGUCCGGAGCUAGUGCUCCACCACCGGAAUUUAAUAUGCCACCUCCUGGGGUAUUUUAUCCUGUGUGCAUCUCGGAGCAGGUACGAGCUUCUGUGGCAGAUCGCACAAAUGUUUCAGUGUCUCAACUGAACCAGAGCCCAAGCGAUGACAAUAAUGAGGGCAAAAGUGCUUCGGGCAAUGAGGAGUCACCAGAGGAGAGUAAAUUGGACUCUGACAUCCAGGCAUUAACAGAGAAGUUGCAGAGCUUAGAAGUUCAGAGAAAGAAAUCCCUGAGUGCUCCAGUGCCCUUAACCCCUAGCGCAUCGCCUAUGCCUGUGCCUUCACCAUCUAGUCAGACUUUGCAGGGCCGUCCACCUCGCUGGUCCGGAGUUAUCCGUGACGCUAUUUUGGAUGGACAGUGGGAUGCAGCGGCACAAUUAACUUGUCCGCGAAGGAAUCCGCGCCUCAUUUGCCUCACCGGCAAGAGAGCCGGGGCCGCCCUGCGACAUACACUCACUCCCAAUAAAAGACAAAGACGCAGAAGCACGUGUUGUUCCCAGUGCCCAUCUCUCCAGACGGUUCGCCCUUCACGCCCACACCCCACACUGUGCCACGCAAGAGCCGGUGCUCGCAGCACCCGGUGUGGACGUGCCACCAUUAAAUCCUUCUCGUGGUCCCUCUGCAGGCGUGAGCUGCAGAGCCACUGUGAGUGGCAUCAAAUGAGUGGCGGCGAAGGAAUCCGCGCCUCAUUUGCCUCACCGGCAAGAGAGCCGGGGCCGCCCUGCGACAUACACUCACUCCCAAUAAAAGACAAAGACGCAGAAGCACGUGUUGUUCCCAGUGCCCAUCUCUCCAGACGGUUCGCCCUUCACGCCCACACCCCACACUGUGCCACGCGAGAGCCGGUGCUCGCAGCACCCGGUGUGGACGUGCCACCAUUAAAUCCUUCUCGUGGUCCCUCUGCAGGCGCGAUGGAUAGUGGUCAGCAUGGAUUUCUGAGGGGAAUAUUGAACUUAACCAACCAGAUUGCUUUCUACAGUGAGAUCCUUGGCUUCGUGCGUGCUGGAGAGUUAGUGAAUAUUGUUGACCUCAUCUUUAGACGCAUAUUGUUGUGCUUUUCUUACAGGUGGUAUCAUGGAAAGCUUGACAGAACAAUUGCAGAAGAACGUCUUCGACAGGCAGGAAAACCUGGAAGUUACCUUAUUCGAGAAAGUGAUCGGAGACCAGGUUCAUUUGUGCUUUCCUUUCUUAGUAAAACAAAUGUCAAUCACUUCAGAAUUAUCGCCAUGUGUGGAGACUAUUACAUUGGUGGACGUCGCUUUGCUUCACUCUCAGACCUAAUUGGUUAUUACAGUCAUGUGUCCUGUUUAUUGAAGGGGGAAAAGUUAUUAUUUCCAGUAGCACCUCCAGAGCCUGUGGAGGACAGGAGGAGAGUUAGAGCAAUUCUGCCUUACACCAAAGUGCCAGAAACAGAUGAAAUAAGUUUCCUUAAAGGAGACAUGUUUAUUGUCCAUAAUGAAUUAGAAGAUGGCUGGAUGUGGGUUACAAACCUUCGGACAGAUGAACAAGGUCUUAUUGUGGAAGAUUUGGUAGAGGAAGUGGGAAGAGAAGAAGAUCCACAUGAAGGCAAAAUAUGGUUCCAUGGGAAGAUCUCCAAACAAGAGGCUUACAAUUUGCUGAUGACAGUUGGCCAGGUGUGCAGUUUUCUUGUGAGGCCUUCAGAUAAUACACCCGGUGAUUAUUCACUUUAUUUUCGGACCAGUGAAAAUAUUCAACGAUUUAAAAUAUGUCCAACAGCAAACAAUCAGUUUAUGAUGGGAGGCAGAUAUUAUAACAGUAUUGCUGACAUCAUUGACCACUAUAGAAAAGAACAAAUUGUUGAAGGAUAUUACCUUAAAGAUCCUGUUCCAAUGCAGCACCAAGAGCAAGUGUUUAAUGAUACACUGGAUGGAAAAGAAAUCUACAAUACAAUUCGUCGCUAAACUAAGGAUGCUUUUUAUAAAAAUAUUGUCAAAAAAGGCUAUCUUUUGAAAAAAAGUAAAGGAAAAAGAUGGAAAAACUUGUACUUUAUAUUAGAGGGAAAUGAUGCCCAGCUUAUUUAUUUUGAAAGUGAAAAGCGAGCCACAAAACCCAAAGGACUAAUAGACCUUAGUGUGUGUUCUGUCUAUGGAGUACAUGACAGCUUGUUUGGCAGGCCAAACUGUUUUCAGAUAGUAGUUCAGCACUUUAGUGAAGAGCAUUACAUCUUUUACUUUGCAGGCGAAACUCCAGAACAAGCACAGGACUGGAUGAAAGCUCUGCAGAUGUUUUGCAGUUUAAGAAAAACCAGUCCAGGAACAUCAAACAAACGUCUACGCCAGGUCAGCAGUCUUAUUUUGCAUGUGGAAGAAGCUCAUACGCUCCCAGUAAAGCAUUUUACUAAUCCAUACUGUAACAUCUACCUGAACAGUGUUCAGGUAGCAAAAACACAUAUCAGGGAAGGGCAGAACCCUGUGUGGUCAGAAGAAUUUGUUUUUGAUGAUCUUUCAUCUGAUAUUAAUAGAUUUGAGAUAAGUCUUAGUAACAAAACAAAGAAAAGUAAAGAUCCAGAUAUAUUAUUUAUGCGCUGCCAAUUAAGCCGAUUACAAAAAGGACAUGCAACAGAUGAGUGGUUUCAACUCAGUUCCCAUGUACCAUUAAAGGGUAUUGAGCCAGGAUCUCUGCGUGUUCGAGCACGAUAUUCUAUGGAGAAGAUCAUGCCAGAAGAGGAAUACAGUGAGUUUAAAGAGCUUGUACUCCAGAAAGAACUUCAUGUAGUCUAUGCCUUAUCACAUGUUUGCGGACAGGACAGAACACUGUUGGCUGGCAUUUUACUGAAGAUUUUUCUUCAUGAAAAGCUUGAGUCCUUGUUGUUACGAACACUAAAUGACAGGGAAAUAAGCAUGGAAGAUGAAGCUACUACUUUGUUUCGUGCUACCACUUUAGCAAGUACACUUAUGGAGCAGUAUAUGAAAGCCACAGCAACACGUUUUGUUCACCAUGCACUGAAAGACUCUAUAUUAAAGAUAAUGGAGAGCAAGCAGUCCUGUGAGUUGAAUCCUUCAAAACUAGAAAAGAAUGAAGAUGUAAACACUAAUUUGGCACAUCUACUCAGUAUACUUUCAGAGCUGGUGGAGAAAAUAUUCAUGGCCGCAGAAAUACUGCCUCCGACAUUGAGGUAUAUUUAUGGGUGCUUGCAGAAGUCUGUUCAAAACAAGUGGCCUGCUAAUACAACCAUGAGAACCAGAGUUGUUAGUGGCUUUGUUUUUCUCCGACUGAUUUGUCCCGCUAUCCUGAACCCAAGGAUGUUUAAUAUCAUCUCAGAUUCUCCUUCCCCCACUGCUGCAAGAACACUGACGCUGGUCGCCAAGUCUGUGCAGAACUUAGCAAAUCUGGUGGAAUUUGGAGCUAAGGAGCCAUAUAUGGAAGGGGUAAAUCCAUUCAUCAAGAGCAACAAACACCGCAUGAUCAUGUUCUUAGAUGAACUUGGGAAUGUCCCUGAGCUUCCAGACACUACAGAGCACUCUCGAACUGACUUAUCUCGUGAUCUGGCAGCCCUGCAUGAGAUCUGCGUGGCACACUCAGAUGAACUUCGGACACUCAGUAAUGAGAGAGGUGUAAUGCAGCACGUUCUUAAGAAACUGUUGGCUAUUACAGAACUGCUUCAACAAAAACAAAAUCAGUAUUCAGUGUCUAAUAACAUCAGGUAGCAGCCCUCUACCUGAAUUCUGCAUGGAUCCAGCAUGCCCAACAUGGCAACUCACACCAGUAUCACUUUUUUCUUGCUCUUGCCAAAAAUAGCACACCCUGUCACAUUCCCAGUGAUGUGUGAACUAUGCAAAAAGAAAACAAAGAUUCUGUUGGUGAAUGAUUGUACCAGCAGCUUUUUAAGCUAUCUGUGCAGGACGUUUGCACUUUUUUUCCACUUGGAAACAGUUUUCACAACCUCUGAGCCUUGGUGUACAGUUCACCUUCUGCAAAGAAAAUGCUGUGACUGUGUCUUGAACUUUGAAAAUUACUUUCAACACCUCUAAUUGCCAAAGUUUUGCUGUCUUGUUGGAAAAAAUAUCAACUGACAAGGAAAGAAAUGUUUUGUCUUGAUGGCUACAUAUAACUGGAUAACACUUCUUACUGUAAUUUCUGACUGGUUACAAUAAUUAUGACUUCUGACUGUUUCAACCACUUAAACUUAUAUUUACAGUUUCCAGAAUUUGAUGUUAUGGUAGAAACAAUCUUUACUGUACACUUUUAUACCAUGCUGUUUCUCUUGCUGGAAUCAUGUUGAAAGAGAAUAUGCAGAAUGGAUCUCAUCAGCUUUAUUUUUUGAUGUGCCACUGAUUCAGUCUGAAAUAGUUCUUCCAUCAAGGACUGUAUAUCCAGAUAAAUCACAUGCUUUUGUAAAGUGUUUACAACAGUAAAUAAUUUGAAUUCAGUAAAUUUAUUGAUCACUGUAUCAGACAUGCAUGCAUUCAUUAAACCAUUUUAUAAAAUA